AUGGCGACACCAGCAGCUACCAAGCGCCUUACAAGAGAAUACGCUUCCAUUUCCAAAUCACCACCUCCAUUCAUUACUGCGCACCCUUCGGACAGGAACAUCCUAGAAUGGCACUACAUCAUCACUGGCCCACCAGACACACCCUAUCACGGCGGCCAGUACUGGGGCACGCUGAACUUCCCGCCCGACUAUCCCUUUGCGCCGCCCGCAAUCCGCAUGCACACACCGUCCGGUCGAUUCCAGCCCAGCAGCCGGCUAGCUUCAAACCCCGCAUGGGAGGUCAGCACGAUUCUGACGGGCCUGCUGAGUUUCAUGACCAGCGACGAGAUUACUACUGGUAGCGUCCGGGCAUCAGAAGCAGAGCGGAAACUCUUCGCCAAGCGCACACGGUGGUGGAACAGCACAGGCGGCGGCAGCAAAGCAUCUGGGUCAGACAACGCCGGUGGUCGCCAGAACGGCAACAUCAGGGCUGGAGAUGGUGGCGCAAAGUUCAGACACGAGUGGCCGGACGUGGACGAGGAGAAUCUCAAGUGGAUGAAGGAGAACCGCAUCGAUCCCCUCACGGGCCUACCACGGCCGGCAGCACCAACCCCUUCGCAGCAGCCAGCCUGCUCGCCCGACGUAUCUGGUCUGCGACGGCGCCCCGGCACAAGCGCAACGGUUGUUCAGGAUGCAGCGCAAAUAGCGCGCGAUGCAGGUCAAGGCUGGCUGAGCCGCAACAAGUGGAGGAUCGUUUUCGGAGCGAUGAUGCUGUACAUCCUAGUCGCGAGGGUACUAGGCGACGGAGCAAUCGCGACUCCUGCUUAG